AUGCCUCAUGUUAUCCUAUUGUCCGCAUCUCAGGAUAUCUAUGAAGGAAACUCUGGAUUAGGAAGCACGAUAUCAAACGGAUCGACUGAUUGGUCUACUACUUUACCUGCUUCGACAGAAUUUAGACCGGUACAACUAAGUACCAAAUCACUUAUAAUUUUAUUAUCAUGGGGAAUGUUAAUUCUUUGUUGGACAAUUUUUAUCUUUGUAAAAGCAUUUGAUAAAGGAAAUGAUCAAAAGUUGAAGUCAAAAUUAAUAUUAAAAUUAUCGAAUGAGCUUUUAAAUUUUAAAAAUAAAUUAGAUGAAAAAUUAAUCGGUUUAAGAUUAUUGUUGAUUAAAGAUUUAAAGGAGGAAAAUCGUAUGAAUUUAAAACUUUUGAAUUUAAAACAUCAACAUCAAAAUACUACUGAUUUGGAUUGUAGAUGUAUGGGAGCUGCUCAAGCUUAA